AAAACGAAAAAUUUAGUGCAUAAAGAAUGUCGGAAAUAUAUGAAAAAUAAGAACUGAAAGAUAUUAAAAGAUUUAUACGUGAAAAAAAAUUUUUUUUCCAAGAGUGCCACAAAAAAAUGCAAUAAAACAGGAAACUGUGUAUAUACCCUGAUAAGAAGUUAUAGUAUAUUAUACAAAAAAAUGUAUUAUAAUUAGUAAUUAUAAGUUUUAACGCGUAACCGUAGUGUAAACAAUAAAACGCUUUCGCGAGCGUUAACGUCCAACUUGAUUCAUAAAUAAUGGACAAAGAACAAGAAACUUUGGAUAUGGUAUUGGAUAUACCCAAUACCAUUAGCUUGAAUCCUUUUGAUAGGCCACCUAAUAUAAUGGAUGACGAGCUAAAUAGUGUUACUCAAGAGGAAUUGGAAGCCAAUUUAUCUACAGAUUGUCCAACCGGCACAAUGGAUACGGCACCGGCCCAAAACUGCAACGAUAUGUGGGAAAAAUUAAUACAAAGUUUUUUAGAAGAUAAUUCCACGCAAGAUGCUGUUGUACAGUCGGUAAAUACCAAUCCCUCAAUGUUCGAAACUGAAGCUGAAUCUGAGAACAGGGAAAAGGUAGAAACCGCAGAAGAACCAGCAAAAGCAGAAAUUCAGGAAGCACUAACUGUAGUAUUAGAAGAAAAACCCUCGAAAAAUAACGAAAUAAAAGAAGAAGAAAACAUAGAAUCUGAACAGGAAAAGAAAAUUGCAGAAAUUGACUCUAAUGUAUAUAAAUUAGAGCCGGAACUUGAUAUUCCUGCAGAGACCUACAUGCCACAGGAUGAUGCAACUGUUAGUGAUCCUGAAGAACAUCUUAUGAAUGACAGCAAUGAGGAACAACAAAUGCUAACGUGCCUGUAUGAUCUACAGGACGAUGAUGUUCAAAAUGACUUGUGUCAAGUUGAGGUGUAUGCAACUGAACAUGAAACUGAUGCCUCGAGUUUAAAAAAGGAACAAAAUAUCGAAGGAGAUUGUUAUGAAAAUGAUGAAGAUGACGAUUGCCUUAGUAAUGUUUCAGCAAUAAGUAUUGGUUACUUGGAGCCGAUUGAUGAUAAACAAAAAUGUAAAAUAGAAAUAUUAAAUGAGAAAGAGCGUUUAAAUGAAACAAAACUUUCGACAAUAAUCAAUGAUCAUUGUUAUUCUCAAGAAGUUUCCAUUAAUAUGGACGAAUGCGAUGUUUUAAAACAAAAUGUUAUUAAUCAUAUCAUGACUCAAAAUAUUUCUAAUAAAAAUCAUCAUAAAAUAGCAAACUUUGUGGAUAAAAUACUUAAUAGUUUGGAUAAUAAUAAGUUGGAUCUAAUGAUGAAUACAUUAAAUGCCACAGAACAACCACAAGAAUUCAAUGUUAAAAUUGAAAAUGAAACCAGUUCGGAUGCUUUAAGUAAUAAAUCAGAGGAGGUCAACAUACAAUUGGAAAAUGAAAGUGGAUCAAAUUCAGAUUCACAAAUAGAACAGGAAGAACAGCAAGUUCCAAAAGACAAUGAGCUGAUAACUGAAACUAAUUUACAGGAAGAACAAACUGUUAAUCUCGAAAAGGAAGUUAUUCAAAUCACCCCAAACAAAGAAGCAGAAGAAACUAAUGAGCCUGCUAGAGAAGAUAAUGAAGAAAUAUUAGGAGAAAUUGCAUUAAACGAUCAGCAGCAAUCACAAACAGAAACAGAUAUCCCGGAAACUAAUGAAACCAAUGAAGAAAAUCGCACAACAGAAUCUGAAGAAGCUAAAUCUCUAUGUGAAACAUUAGCCUAUAAUUGUUCCGAAGCUUUAGAACAUCAAAUAUUUGAUGAAGAAUUUGAAAUGUUGUGCAAAAAUGGAGUUUUACCCUUAAAAGAAAAAAUCGUUAAAACAGAUGCCCAUAGUGAAUUGCUGGAAAAACUUAAAGAAUUUGCCAUACAAAUGCAAAAGGACUGUGAAGAUUUUUCCUCAUCCUCUAUUGAAAACAAACUCCAUGAUUAUAUUAUAAUGCAAUGUCAAAAUUUUCAAGAAUUAUUUAAACCCUACGUGGUAUUUAAACAAUCAAUAGAAACACAAACAAAAUCGAAAAAAUUAACUAAACGCAAAAGAAAAUUAAGGACAGCUAAUAGCAAAAAUAAUUUGUCCAAAACAUCUGAUCAGUCAUCAUCAAGAUAUUCUUCAACAUCAUCAUCUGAUGAAGCGGAAGAUAAUGUAAAAACAAAAUAUAUUGAUACUGAUGAAGAACCUAAACAAAUCAAGUCCCCUCCAUCCCUAUCGUCUAAUGCUGAUUAUUUCCAUAGUAAUGCAACGAAUUAUGGUCAAGAAUAUGAUGAUGGCAUUAAUCUAUCACAAUACGUACAAUCGGAAAUAUUUAAUAUUGAUUCAUUAUCUCCACAAUCCACUAUGUUAUCCGAUUCCGAUUCAGCGAAGGAUGACAAUGAGGAAAAUGAUUCAUCUCCAAUAAUAAAUAAAGCAGAAACAUCACAUCCUGAUAAAGAUGACGAUGAUACGGGCGAUAGUGAUGAUACAAUGAUUUAUAAAGUACGCUCUAAAAAAAGUAAAAGUUCCAAUGACAGUGCAUCAGUUACCUCGCCUAGCGAAGCUGCGAAAUCGAAUAAAAGUCAGGCUGAUAAUAUGUCGGUGCAUAGUGAAAGCGAUAAGGAAAAUUUGACCUCAGAACGUAAGGAGAAGAAAUCAAAUGAAUCUAUGGAUGAAGAUGAAAAGAAUGAUAGAGAAAUUGAUCGAUUAACCAACAUUAGCGGCUUAACUAAACGUACAAUUCCAAAUGCAAGUUCAUCAAAAGGUUCGGAUAAAGGUAAAACAAAAACAGCACCAGCUAAAACGCUUAAUGAUCGUUUCGAUUUUAUGGAUGUUGAAUUUGGGUCAGAAGAUGAGGUUAAAAGUGAAGCUGAAGAGGAAGUUAUUACGGAACAACAAUUUUUAAGAAAUUGCAAUGAAGACAUAAAACGACAAAUGUUAGAUGAUUCAAGUACCGAUUCCGAGGCAUUAGAGGAAGAAGAUGAUGAGUUGUUAAAAGCCUCUUCGGAAGAAGAUGAAGAGGGCGGAACAAAAUCGCCUUUAGUGGAAAAAUUUCUUAAAACUUUUAAAGUUGAUGAUAGUGAUAAUGAUAUAGAGGAUAAUGAUGAUGAUGAUGACGAUGAACUAGACUUAGACAGUGAUAAGGAAGAGGAGGAAAAGAAUAAAGAAAAUGAAGAAAACAAAAACAACAACGAACUAUUAGCUGAGGCUGACAAGCCGGUUAAAACUGAAGAUAAUGGUAUAGAUGAGGAAACACACACAAAUGCCGAAAUGGAAUUAUUAAAUGAUAAUUUUCGUAUACGUAACUAUACAAAACCACAAAAUCUCGAUAAAAUGCUAUUGGAGGCAGAGAAACGUAAAAAAAUUAGUAAAAUUGAUGCAGAACUUAUUAGUUUAAGUUCAGACAGUUCGAAUUCAGAUGUCGAAGCCGUCGAUGUGGAACCUAGUCAAAAGCCUAGAUCACUUAAACCCAUGUUACGGCCCGAUCAAUUAGCAGGAGAAACUAUUAAAGCACAAAAAUUAGAAAAUGAACGUAUAUCACGUUUAGAAAAGAAACAUAAUAUGUUAGAAAAGAUACUAAAAGAACAUCCCGAAGUGGAUAAAGAUAGAGAAUUAAUCUUGGACUAUAUAAAAGAGACUAAGACAUUUAUUAAGGUACAUCCAGGUAUUGUUAAGAAUUUAAAACCUCAUCAAUUUGAUGGUGUACGCUUUAUGUACGAUUCAUGUUAUGGCGGUGUGGAUGCUCUUAAGAAAAGUCCCGGUUCUGGUUGUAUAUUGGCUCAUUGUAUGGGUCUGGGUAAAACUUUACAAUUAAUAUCUCUUUUACAUACUGUGAUCUCCUAUAAGGAAUUAAAAACUACAAAAAUUUUAGUUUUAUGUCCCAAGAGUACGGUUAUGAAUUGGGCCGAUGAAAUUAUCAGAUGGUUAGGUCCGUUGAGACAGAAAAAUGUUAAAGUCUAUACGUUUAGUGAUACAUCUGAUAUCAAUGAAAAGUUGAGUAUCAUUAAAGAAUGGUCUCUAUCAAAUCAUGCUCGUGCUGGCUGUUUACUAAUUGGCUAUGAAGCAUUUCGUACUUUAGUAUUUUAUCAUUCAUAUAAAAAUCGUGGCAAUAUUAAUUCGGAACGUUUAGAAGAAAUAAGAUUACUUGUAAAUAGAUAUCUUUUAACACCUGGUGCUGAUUUGGUUGUUUGUGAUGAGGGUCAUAUUAUUAAGAAUAGCAAUUCAGCUAUUAGCAAGGCUGUGGCCAAAAUUGAAACACCAAGGCGGAUUGUUUUGACGGGUACACCCAUACAAAACAAUCUUAAAGAAUAUUACAGUAUGGUUAACUUUAUAAAACCCUUAUUUUUGGGUACAGAAAAAGAAUUUGCCAAUCUUUAUGCAAAUCCCAUUAAAAAUGGUCAACAUAAAGAUUCGGGUAAAAUGGAUAUUAAAAUUAUGAAACAAAGAUCAUUUGUUUUACAUAAAAAACUUUCGAAAUUUGUUCAGCGCAAAGAAGCUGAACUCUUAAAAACAUUCUUGCCAACAAAAUUCGAAUAUGUUUUAUUUAUACCCAUGACUGAUGUACAGAAUAAUCUGUAUCAACAUAUCUUAAAUGCUAUAAAAAAUCGUGAUGAAAAUUAUCGUGGCAAAGGUCUUAUAACCGAUUAUACUUGUCUAAGAAAGAUUUGGACUCAUCCAAAAGUAUUAGAAGAUGCUUGGAAGAAUGCCAUAAGUCAACGUAAUAAAAAAGAAAAUCGUAAUAAAUUAUUAGGUCACAAUUCCGAUGAUGAUCAACCGGAUGAUAUUUACGAUAGUCAAACGGGUCAAAUGUCGGUAACAAAUGAUUGGUGGCGUCAUUUAGUUACAGAAAAUGAUUUGGAAUCUGUUAUGCCUAGUAAUAAAUUACGUACCAUGUUUAAAAUUUUACAAAUGUGUGAAGAAAAAGGCGAAAAAUGCUUAAUUUUCUCUGCUUUUGUGGCGGUUUUAAAUGUUGUCGAAUAUUUCUUUAAGAAAAUUUCAGAUAAUGAUGCUCAAAUCAUAAAUGAAUUAAAAAUAAAUCGAAAUUCUAAAUGGAUUCUGGGUCACGACUACUAUAGAUUAGAUGGUAAAACACCCAAAUCUAUACGGCAUGCUAUGAUCAAUGAAUUCAAUAAUGUGGAGAAUAAAACAGCAAGAGUAUUCCUAAUCUCAGCUAAAGCAGGAGGUCAAGGUAUCAAUUUGAUAGGUGCUAAUCGUGUUAUUAUAUUGGAUACAUCAUGGAAUCCUUCGAAUGAUCAACAGAAUAUAUUUCGUGUAUUUCGUUUGGGACAAAAACGUAGCUGCUAUAUAUAUCGUCUAUUAGCCAUGGGCACCAUGGAAGAAAAGGUGUACUCCCGUUCGGUAACAAAACAAGCCAUGAGUUUUAGAGUCGUGGAUGAACAACAAAUUGAUAGACAUUAUAAUAUGGCGGAAUUAGCGGAAUUAUAUACUCUAACCAUACCCGAUAACAAUAAUCGACCUACACCGAUUUUACCCCAAGACAGUAUAUUGGCUAGACUAUUGCGUACAUUCCCCGAAUUAGUUUUUAAAUAUCAUGAACACGAUAGUCUUUUAGAGAAUAAGGUUGAACAGGAAUUAAGUGAACAGGAAAAGAAUGAAGCCUGGACGGCAUACGAAAGAGAUUUACAAAUGAAUUCUGAAAUCAGAGAAAUGCCAAAUAUUGAGGAUUUACAAAAUAAGUUUAAUGCUUCAAAUUUAUCAAAUUAUUUAUCACCAUUUUCUGGUCUAGAUGUGAGUAACAAUCAAAAUCCAAGUAGUAGUAAAAAUAUGUCCCAUCUCUUAAAUUACAAUCGAGGUUUUGGACCAAACUUCUUGCAAUCCUUAUUGGGUCAAAAUACAAAUGCUGCUGCUCUCAACACUCAACAAUACAUAGAUGUCUAUAAUUAUUAUAAAAAUCUUGGAACAGCCUAUGCCGAUAUGAAUCCCUAUUCAACGUUACCAGGUCUUAAUGCCGCAGGUGGACCUGGUCGAAUGCCGAAUGCUUCAACGCCAUCAUCAGUAUCGGCAAAUCCUUUGGCAGCUCUGGGUGACUUAAGUAUGUUUGGUUUAAGUUCGACAGCUUUGCAAACGCUCGGAGCCAAUGCAGCGGCAUUAAAUUUACCCAGUAGCUUAGGCAAUAGCAGUAGUGCAGCUCUACAGCAAAUGACAAACUCAGCCUCUAUGUAUACUUCACCCUUAAAUACGAAUUUACCAAUAACUUCAGCUAGUAAUAUGUCUACGGGUGGGGUGGCAAGUGCCAGCAAUUCGGCGGCUGUACUGUCAGCAUUCGAACAAUAUAAACAAUCUUUUAGAGGGACUUAUAACAAUAUGUAUAACUAUACGGGAGAUUUUGGUUUAUCUUCUUCAGGGUCUACGAUUUUGGAUAGUUCGAAAUCGAAAAAUUCCAAACAUGGAAGUGGUGCAAAUAAUAAAAAUCUACCGGGUGGCUCAAAGGCAGGUUCAAAUAUGGGUUUAUUUUCGGGUCCUCCACCGUAUAUGCCUAGUCCUCAACCUCAGCCGCCAGCUCAGCAACAACUUGCUCAACAACAAAGACCCAGUUCAAGGAAUACUCCCACAUAUGAACCACAACAGCAACAACAACAGCAACCGCAGCAGCAACAGAAAUCUAAAUCAACUAUUUCGACAACAAAAUCAUCAUCAUCCUCACCAUCUACAUCGAAUAGUACAUUAAUGACUUCACCCGAAGCUAAUUCUUCAGCAAGAGCUAAAAGUUUAUUAAGUUAUAGAAGAGCUGAAUCAACUUCCUCUUCUAAUACUACUUCACAGUCAGCUGCUAAUGCCAAUAGUUUAUCUAGUAACACUAAACAAUCCGGUGAAAAUUUAACGCAAAAUAAACAAAAUUCCACAGUUCAGCAAAAGAAAUCUACUGCAGAGGAAGUGGGCAGUAAUGCAAAUAAAACAAUGCCAACUCCCAAUGCUAAAACUAUGAAAACCCCAGCUGGUACUACGCAUGUUUUAUCAACAAAUCAAAAGUCUAAUCAAAAAUCUACAACAAAUCUAGGCAGCAACAGUUCGGGCAGCUCUACUACUUCCACCACUAGUAGCACUAGCAAUAAAUCAACUGCCUCUGCCCAAUCAGACUCAAAUCGUGCUAUGAACAUGGGCAUUUUGUAUCCGAAUUCUAAAGGCAUAGAUAAAAAUACAAAUAAACCAAAUUCCCCCUUAAAUAUGGGUAUAGUUUAUCCAAAAUCAUCUAGUAAAUCGACAUCAGAAAUGCAAAUAAUACCCACCUCUUCACCACCGGGAACCAUUAGCAUAUCAAAACAAUUAAAUGAAUUAUCACCCAGUAUAUCAUUGACAGCGCUCAAAACGAAUCCACCAAAUAAAACACAAACUAAUCAAAAUAUAAAAACAGGUAACAGUCAAAAUGCGCAAAUAAAUAAAAUUAUGCAAAAUAAUAGUAAUUUAAGAAGAACUACCAGUCCGGUUAAUAGCGCUAGCGUUAAGACAACAACAGCUAAUCUUAAUACGAGCACAGCUGCAGCCGUCGCAAACGCUGCAACGAAUCAAAGUAAUUUAUUGGCUCGAAUAAAGAUGGCCAACAGCAAAAAACCGGUAAAUGGCAGUAACACUAAUAAUCCAGUGCCACCAUUACAUAGAGCCUCAACUAUGGUUAAUAUACCCUCUACGAGUACAGCAACAAAAUCUUCAACUGGCUUAACUAUAACAAAUGUUAAAACUGCUAUGAAAAAUCCCAAUAUGGCAACGAAAUCUUUAACAACUACUUCACAAAUCUCCACGCUAGCCAAACAAAAUGCUGCUGCCGUAGUCAAAUCGAAUAUAACACGUUUAAGUAGUGCUGGUGGUAACAACAGCAACAGCUCGGAUAAUACUUCAAAUCAGAAAAAUGCAAAUACAGCAAACAAUUCUGCUAAUGUUCCCUCGCUUGCCACUUUCAAAAGGGUCGUUAAACGUAAUUCCCCCAAUGUCAACACGGCUGGCAAUAAAAUGCCGGCUCUAACAUCAUCUCCCUCUUUAACGGUUACCAGCAGUAAUAAAUUACCCAUUAUCAGCAGUGUUAAGUCAAUUUCUCAAUAUCCCUCUACCAUGGCUACCAUAUCAAAGGCAUCAAUUACCAAAAUCAACACACCCACAACACAAUCCACAAAUUCUAUAACAUUGACAAAACAAAGCACGUCAACGACCCUAGGAAACAACAACAGCAACAACAAUCAGCCUUCAGUAUCAAAAACUUUAGCUCAAAUGCAAAAACGUUUACCCACCACCACACAAACAGCAACCACGUCAGCAGCUUCAACUUCAGCUAAUGCGGUAAAUGCUAUUAGGAAUACAGUUAAUAUAAGACCAGUGGAUACUAAACAAAAUCCGGCUGGAACGGGUGGUGUCUACAUAAUCGAAACGAAUAUCAAUGAUAAAAAAUUAGCAAUAGGAGCACCCACAAAAAGCGGCGGUGGUACUACCGUUACCAAAGUUCCCACCCAAACUGCAAUAAAACGUAAAUCCACAGAUCCUUUGUCCAAAGAUAAAACUAUUGAAACAAAAAGGUUGAAACAAUAAAUCUUAUCUUAAUCAACAUAAUUUAUAGUUUAUUAUUAAAAAUUUUAAGUUAUUGAAUUAAAA